CGUGAAAAAUACUUUUGUCGUUGGCACUGAAAAGGAGGGUUCUCUAGUAAGUCUGGUAACAAACAUAUGUUGUAAAGCGUCGAGCUUCAUUUGCAGUGUGUCGUAUUACAUUACGUGAUAUAUCAUUUCUCGUAUCAGUGCUUUAGUACGUCUACAGGAUUUAGCCUGUUACUGAGUUGUACGAUCUUUACGCUGCGCUUGGUAGUGCUACGCAGCGGUUUACCAGUGCCAUUUCAACAAGUGGUGAAAGUGGAAACGUGAACUAUUAAAUAUCAUAGAUACAAACAUUUGGCCAUUCUUGGCCCAUCGUAAUCAUGAUGACAGAAACGCAUAUUAAUUCAAAUCAUGUGGCAGUCAUGCCAGGACUGAACAGUAUAAACACUCGUAAGGAUGAAGGUGAUAAAGUAGAUGAUAUUGGGUGGAAGGCGAAGUUGAAAAUACCUCCAAAAGACAGGAGGGUGCAGACAAGUGAUGUGACAGACACCAGAGGUAAUGAGUUUGAGGAGUUCUGCUUAAAACGGGAAUUGUUGAUGGGGAUAUUUGAAAAAGGUUGGGAAAAACCGUCUCCCAUCCAAGAAGCCAGUAUUCCCAUCGCUCUGUCUGGGAAAGACGUACUAGCACGUGCCAAAAACGGAACCGGCAAGACUGGCGCAUACUCCAUUCCCGUACUGGAACAAGUAGAUCCCAAGAAGGAUUGUAUUCAAGGUAAAUUAUCGCGUUUAUUUGAUAAACGUGAUCGGCAUUUAUGUACUGGUGUACACUUAUCAGUAGAAUACGGUACUAUAAUUUCAGGUCGAGAUUGGCGAUCCAUUCGAGUGCUGGUGGAGAGGCUAGGAGGAAAUCCGAUUGUCCCCCUGGAUAUGCCCAUUUAUUUUUAUUUGAAGGCUGAUAAACUGCUAUCGCAAGACUUCAAGGGUAUGUUGGACCACGUCAUCUCACGAUUACCCAAGGAAAGACAGAUCCUGCUAUUUUCAGCAACAUUUCCGCUCACAGUAAAGCAGUUUAUGGAGAAACAUUUGCGGGAACCGUACGAGAUCAAUCUGAUGGAAGAGUUGACGUUGAAAGGAGUGACGCAAUAUUAUGCCUUUGUGCAAGAGAGGCAGAAAGUGCACUGUUUGAACACACUUUUCUCAAAGUUACAAAUCAACCAGAGUAUAAUCUUCUGUAAUUCAACUCAGAGAGUGGAACUCCUUGCAAAGAAAAUUACGGAACUGGGGUAUUGCUGUUAUUACAUCCACGCCAAAAUGGUACAAGCUCAUCGUAACAGGGUAUUCCACGACUUCCGCGCCGGACUGUGCAGGAACCUAGUGUGUUCAGAUUUGUUUACGCGGGGAAUAGAUGUCCAAGCAGUGAAUGUUGUGAUCAACUUCGACUUUCCCAAGAUGGCGGAGACGUACCUUCAUCGUAUCGGUCGCUCGGGAAGAUUCGGUCACCUCGGGAUCGCGAUCAACUUGAUAACGUACGAGGACCGCUUCGCCCUGCACCGCAUCGAACAAGAACUUGGAACGGAGAUCAAACCUAUUCCAAAAGUGAUUGAUCCGUCGCUGUACGUUGCCAAGCUCGAAGAUUCUCAGGGAAUUGAGGAAGCAAAUAUAAGCAAAUAGAGACUCCUGCGAUGAUCACGUCGGAGAUGCGCCCUCUUUAAUUUAUGAAACAUUUAAGUGACGAUAUUUUUCCUCCCUAUCUUUGUUUUCAAGACACUGUACAUACCGCGCGUAAAUGUACGCAGCCAUUCACGCAGUUUACCGCCAAAGCCAUGGAUUAUCCAGUGAAAGAAAAUUUGAAGAUUCUUCAUCGAUAAAAGAUGCCAAGAUUUUUUUUUUGUUGUUGUCGUCGAGAUCUCUCCGUAUUUGCGGAAGAUCGCCAAGGAAGAAAUAGAAAAAACUUUUGUUGACUAGAUUUUUUAUACGGUUUAUAUAGUGAAUGUCGCCGUCUUCACUCUGUGGCUUGAUCCGGUGGAAUCCGUAGACUGUUAUUUGCGCGGCUCCGAUGACGGAUCGUUACUUCGGUCCCUGUUUCCGUCGCGUGAAUUCGGCCGCUGCCGGAGCAAAACCGAGACGCAGCUCGGCUGAACGUGUGAUCUGUCGCGGGGCUGCGAAGAGCAACUAUUUUGUACAUUUAUUUUUAUAAAUGCUAAGAUGGGCGAUGAAAGUUCUGUGGUACAUGAAUUUUAUUCUGGUGAAUAUUUAAUUUCUUUUUUUGAAAUUGCUAUUCUGGUAUUCAGUCAUUUAACAUCUUAAAUUUUAACAUCUUUGGAUCUCCCUGAAUAUCAGUAGUAGCGUCAUCCGUUUAUAAAUUGUGCUUCGAUUAUUUUGGCCUUGGUUUUUCUAAUCGCGAAUCGAGUCGGCGAUAGGAUUCAUCUGUCGAGAGCUUUCAUACGACCCUCUCCAUGUGGACGCUUUCGUAUAUUUGGAUAUUCUGUCCGUCUUAAAGUAAUCGCGACACGUCGCAGUGAAAGCAAUACUUUCGCGUAGAUCGUGAUACCAAGAACGAUAUUAAGGAUCUCUUAACGGACUCUUGUCGUGUAAAUACGUUCGUACUUCAAGUUCAAAACGCAGAGGAGAAAAAUGUUCUGCCACGACUUCGUAUAAGUUCAAAAAAACUUGUAAAUAAUUCGGAGUGAAAGCGAUGAAACGAUUGCGGCGUGAUAUAAUCGGAGACGUGGCGGGAGCGAGGAGACGGUCUUUUGCCACGAUUAUAUUUAUCUUUAUGGAAGAAGAAGAGAGGAUUCAAAACAGUUUAUUAACGAGUGAAUUCAGUGUUUGAAAAGUGACUCCAAAGAGGAAAGUAUUGUGCGACGGAGUACGAGAGAAAACUCUCCCGAAGUAUUAAUUUUUUUUUUCUAAUUUUUUUUUUAAUUAUUAAAUCGUGCCAGAAAAAAUUAUGCGGAUUGAUUUUCUACUCCGACGGACUGCCAAGGCAAAGAUGGAGGUACUCGGUACGGUAUCUCACGAGAAAGAGAGUUACGUGACUUGUUAAAAUUGUGCUGUUUGUCAGCGUGGGUAAAAGACGUACCUGCCGUGAAGGAGAUCCAAAACCUGAAGGAAGAUAAAGCAGCGACUUCACUUCCGUGAAGUGAGCCUUCAGAGACCGACCGGUCGCGAUCCGCUGUGUUCCCUGUCCGAGCGUCAGGAAGUAUGCCGAGCAAAUGCAUCUUUUCCGCGUAUUUUUUAUAAAUACUAACGUUUCUUCCUUUCGAAAGUUUCUUUUCUCUCUCUCUCUCUCUCUCUCUCUCUCUCUCUCU